CGCAGGCAUUGACAUCCCGGUCUCUUGAUAAUAAUUUAUUAGCAUAUUAUAGCGUGGUCACAGGCUAUCAGUUGUUUUGUAACACUAUGUCAGCCAGUGUGUGUUUUAUAUAUUUAUUUCUUGCAAUUAUUCGAAGUUCAAGUGACGCUUUUGAGACGGACUCCAAAAUAUGUUUUCCGAAAAAAUUCAUGUUUGGCGUGGCCACCGCUGCUUAUCAGAUAGAGGGCGCUUGGAAUGUAUCCGCCAAAGGAGAGAGUAUUUGGGAUAGAUACACUCACACGCACCCCGAGCGCAUAUUCGACCACAACACUGGUGACGUCGCUGCCGACUCCUAUCACAAUUUCCCUCGGGAUGUGGAACUGAUGAAGCAACUUGGUGUUCAGUUUUAUCGUUUCUCUAUAUCUUGGCCGAGGAUACUACCAAAUGGACUUACCAACGAAGUUAAUGAAGACGGCAUCAGGUACUACAAUGAUCUGUUAGAGGAGCUCUUUCGUAAUGGCAUAAUGCCAAUAGUAACCAUGUAUCAUUGGGAUCUACCACAGAGUUUGCAGGAUAUGGGAGGUUGGACUAAUCCUAUUAUAAUAGAUUACUUUGUGGACUAUGCAAGAAUUCUAUUCGAAGCUUUCGGUGACAAAGUUAAAGUAUGGAUCACUGUAAAUGAGCCACUAUCAUUCUGUGAGGAUGGAUACGGUGGUGAUGACGCCCCGGGUUCUAGAAGCAGUGGGUUCGAGGACUAUCUCUGCGGACACAAUGUACUGAUAGCACAUGGACGGGUCUAUAGAAUGUAUCAAGAGAAAUAUGUUAAGCAACAAAAAGGUUUAGUAGGAAUAACAAUAGACUUUAGAUGGAUAGAGCCAGCUUCGACAUCUGAUGACGAUCAACGCGCGGCAGAAGUCAUACGACAAUUUUCAUUUGGCUGGUUUGCACACCCAAUCUUCUCUCAAACAGGGGACUAUCCGCCGAUUAUGCGCAAACGCAUCGACAUUAUAUCCAAACGACAACACUUUCAUCGAUCCCGCCUACCUGUAUUUACACCAGAAGAGGUCGAAAUUAUUAGAGGAUCAGCUGAUUUCUUUGGUUUGAACCAUUAUACGACAUCCUUGGCUGUUUAUAGCGAUACUAAAAUUACUCCACAGCCAUCGUUUUAUACUGAUAUGGGUGGAAUAUUAAAGGAGAAACCGGAGUGGCCUAAAAGCAAUUCUACCUGGUUAAAGGUUGUCCCUUGGGGCUUUAGAAAAGCGUUAAACUGGAUCAAGAACUCUUAUAAUAAUCCUCUGGUGUUGGUAACUGAAAAUGGCAUGUCCCUAGAACCAGGGUUGCAGGAUACAAGACGUGUUAACUACAUUGAUGGUUAUCUAAAGGCCCUACACACUGCGAUAGUUAAAGACAAAUGUAAUGUGAUCGGUUAUACUUAUUGGAGUCUUAUUGAUAAUUUUGAAUGGACUAGAGGAUUCUCAGAACGCUUCGGCCUUUACGAAGUAGAUUACGAUUCUCCAAAUAAAACUCGAACGGCUCGACUCUCAGCGGCGUAUUAUGGAAAAAUCGCGCGUACUAAAUGUAUACCUUCGUCUUGGUACGUUGUGGACUAACUUGUCAAUACAAUAUAUUGUUUUUACUGGAACUAGA